CAGCGCAGUUGUCCAGCAUAUCAAGCAGAUUACGUUGUGGAAUCACGAGACUCCACCGCCAGAACCGCGCCAAAUGGAUGAACGUCGUCCACCUCAACCAGUGACAGCCCAUCGAGAUCAGCGAACCGGUAGUGCUCCAUUGUUGCCAUGUCCAGUUCAGCAGCAGCAGUCGCAGACGCGUUAUGCGGAUGUGACUCGAGAUCAGCGCAGCGAUUCUCGCCAGUCAAGCAGCAGUUAGCCAGAGCAGCGCCAGAGAGGAGGACCAAGGAUUAGUUAUAAUCCUCUAAGCGGUCCACAGUUCGAGCCACAGAUGGUAAGAACUUAUAGUGAAUCAGCCAGUAUUGCAUCAGUGUCAGAUGAUUGUUCAAUCCCGUCACAGACAUCAGAGAAGAAGCCAGACCCGAAGGAAGUUAUGCCAGAGUUGGAUUCAGUGGAAAAUCAUGUGAAGAUGAUUAUGAAGCAUAUGGACCUGAACGAUCAGAGACGAUCCGCAGAAUAUAAGGCGGCGAUUACACUUGUGGUUCAGGACUUCCACGAGUUCGAGCGCGAAUUGGAUUUAUACGCAGCGAUGAGAAAUUCCCACUGGAAGACAGAGCAACCUUACGGCAGAGAACUGUUUUAUACGUACGCAGAUAUCCGGCAGAAUGGACUCGCAGGUUAUCUGGGUUUGAAUGAACUCAGUGAUCCGAUCAGUAAAGUUGACUACGAGAAGUUGUCGCAGUUCCAGUAUCAUGGAAAAACGUAUUAUUUGGAUUUCCUGUAUCAGUGGAUCAGUCCGUUUGCCAAUCCCGCAAUGUUUUUGGUUGGAUGUAAGGCAGCUUCACACUGCCUUCGCAUCUGGAAAAUCGCCAGAGAUGUUCCAGAGAUGGAAUGGCAAGAUCCGGAUAAAUUCAAGGAUAUUCGUACCUUUUUCGGUCGAAUGUUGGCAGCGUUGUUAGGCCAGUGGAACAGCAAUCGUUUCGUAUAUGACCGCAAAGAGCCAGCUCGUAUGGUGCGUCAUUUCCGUGGAAUUGGCACGCCACUGAAUGAAAUCGAACAGAAACGGUUGUAUAACGCAGCGUUAGCCAGAGAAGAGAAGUUAGCCAGGGAAAUUCCGAAACCAUUUGUUCGGAAUCCGUUUGAUGCUAUCAGUGAACAUCAGAAGAAUUUGGAUCGUAACUUCAAGAAGCGAGGAAUCACGGAGAUUUCCUCCAGCCAGGGUGAUGGGCAGCGUAGUGUUGCACCAUCACCUACCAGUCCGGAUCAGCCACCGCCAAAGAAAGUCGCAGAUAAAGCGCCAGAGAAUCAGAAGAAGAAAGUCACUUUGGAACUCACCUUGGCUACGGCAGCGAUGAAGAAUACUACUCUUGCCGAGAGUAAUGUUAUCAGUGACGCAGACAAAAUGGACACAUCUAUACCGGCAGCGGUAGAAUCAGAGAAGACGGGCGAAUCAACCGGCAAACCUUUGGAAUCAGAGAAACCAGCAGCGGAACCGGCUGAAUCAGAGAAACCAGUAGAUGCAAACUGAGGGGAAUGUAUCAGUGAUUUGCCAUUCAUACUAGCCAGAGAUGCAUCAGUGAAAUUAUCAGUGGAAUUCGGAAACUCCACGGGCAGAUACGGCACGUGUGAGUUGGACUGGAUAACUCCUUGGGCAGAUACGGCCCUUGUGAGUCGGAUUUGGAAUGUCCCGCUUGGACUGGAUGGAUUGUACCCACCAGCGGAGUUCCGGUAUUUUUCUUUUGUUUCU